GUAACCAGUGCACCUGCACUAAGUUCAUGUUUCCGACAAGCGAAUUCCGCAAGGCUUACCAGGUGUCCACCAUGAUCAGGAAUUAUGAAAACUUACCACUGGAGGCUGGACGUCUGGAAUGUACUGGCACCACAAGACUUUGGGAGCUCUAGGCGCUGCUGGUGACUGCUGACGGAGGAGCCAUGGCAAACCUUCUUCAUAAAAAUGCAGCGAUCCUUUUUCACGAAAUGAAAACGGGUGUUCCGGCAUGACAGCUGCGGGUGUUCUUUUCCUCCCAGGAAUUCGGUGUCUCACCGCAACAGACCAGAUCAAACUUACGUGGCUAGAUCUAGCGCACACGAUGUUGAUUGGAUAUUCCUCCGUCUUAAGGUUCAAAACAGCAAGGGAUUUUCUGACCUUUUGGUUUGUCUCUGCUGACCGCAGCAGUGCCGCGAGCGGCUAUGGCCUUUUUAUCUCUGUAUCUUUCAAAGCCGUCGACCACCGAAGCGUUGUGGGUUUCUGAUUGCCGAAUAAUUCAUGGGUGCUGCAUUCAAAUGCCGGCUGCCAGGAUUAGAUUUCAACACAGGAGUGCCGGGGUCCGAUCGAAACGGCACACAGGGCGUUUGAACGUUCGGGCAGCUGGUACUGAGACAGACAAAACCAAGCCCAAUGCUCCUGAAGUUACUCCCAGUGAUACCAGAUCUUCCGCCGUGAACCAACUUCUUGGCAUGAAAGGAGCUGGAAAAGAAACGGACAAGUGGAAAAUCCGCUUACAGUUGACAAAACCGGUGACAUGGGCACCAUUGAUCUGGGGAGUCUUGUGUGGUGCAGCGGCAUCUGGAAAUUUCCAUUGGACAAUCGAGGAUGUUGCUAAGUCCAUCACUUGUAUGUUGAUGGCCGGGCCAUUCUUAACUGGAUACACUCAGACCAUCAACGAUUGGUAUGAUCGCGAGAUAGACGCUAUCAACGAGCCUUACAGACCAAUUCCGUCAGGAGCCAUAUCCGAACCCGAAGUAAUCACGCAAAUUUGGGUGUUGCUUCUUGGUGGCAUUGGUCUUGCUUAUACGCUCGAUGUGUGGGCUGGUCACUCAUUUCCAACAAUAUUCUGCCUUUCGCUUGGAGGCGCUUUGCUCUCAUAUAUAUACUCUGCCCCUCCUUUAAAGCUGAAGCAAAGCGGAUGGAUAGGAAACUACGCACUCGGCUCAAGCUACAUUGCCUUGCCUUGGUGGGCCUCGCAAGCUCUCUUUGGAACGCUCUCCUGGGACGUUGUCGUCCUCACUUUAUUGUACAGCACGGCAGGGCUCGGAAUCGCCAUCGUGAACGACUUUAAGAGCAUAGAAGGAGACCGUGCCAUGGGAUUACAGUCUCUACCAGUCGCAUUUGGAAUCGACACUGCAAAGUGGAUAUGCAUUGGCUCCAUCGACCUCACGCAGCUAUCCGUUGCAGGCUACUUAUUCGCCACUGGGAAGCUCUACUACGCACUGACAUUACUUGGACUCAUCACUCCGCAAAUAAUUUUCCAGUUCCAGUACUUCUUAAAGGAUCCACUUAAAUACGACGUGAAGUAUCAGGCUAGUGCGCAACCAUUCUUUGUUCUGGGUCUUCUCGUCACGGCUUUGGCCACUAGCCAUUGAGACAAGAGAGCUCCAAAAAAAGUCGUUUUUUUUUGUUCCAGCUGGAAUCGAACCGUUGCCCUUUGAAACAA